CCACUCUCUCUUCUUCUCUCCUGCGGCCUAAAGGUACGAUCUUUUUUCGCGAAUCUCUCCUGCCUUCCUCCCUUCCUUUCCUUCUCCGUUCUCAAUUUGGAUCUCUCUGUGCUUCAAUUGCUACAAGAAAUUGCGUUGAGGUCUUUGAUCGGAGAGGAGAUAAGGCUUGCUGGACUGCAAUGGCGUUCGUGUCCUUCCUCGGUAGAGUGCUGUUCGUCUCCGUGUUCAUUCUCUCCGCCUACCAAGAGUACAAUGAAUUCGGCGUUGAUGGUGGACCAGCAGCGAAGAAUUUAAAACCAAAAUUCAAUGUCUUCUGCAAGCAUAUUACAGCUCAAACUGGAUUUCAAGUUCCACAUGUAGAAAUGCAACACUUGAUAUUAGCUGCAAUUGUCAUGAAAGCCUUGGGAAGCCUCUUGUUUGUUGUCGGCAGCUCAUUUGGCGCCUUCAUCCUGCUUCUGCAUCAGGCAAUUGCGGCAACUAUCUUGUAUGACUUCUACAACUACGACGCCGACAAGAAAGAAUUCACUCAACUCUUUGCUAAGUUUACACAGAGUUUGGCAUUGCUUGGCGCGCUGCUGUUCUUCAUUGGCAUGAAGAACUCAAUGCCGAGGAGGUCGUCAAAGAGGAAGUCAGCAACCAAAGCGAAGACAAAUUAACGCAGUAUCGACGACGGUCCGGCGGCCAUUAUUACAGGCAUCAUCAGCUUUUGUAUGGCUUUACAAAGGUAGAAUUGCAAGAUUUAUUAUAUCUUUGAUUUUAUAUGCUUGCUUUUCUCUACUAUUUUAUUUGAAUUAACGUGAGUAUUGUAUGUUUAUGUUUUGAUGGAAUUUUAGAAAUUCUGUUGCAACAUAGUGAUUGAAUGUGAGGCAGUAUUGGGAAUUAGUUUAAUUAACUAUGGAGGUUGCAGCCUAUGUUAUUUAUUUGUGACCUAAUGGAUUGAACUAUGGAUAUUGAACACUGAUGAAUAACGCUGUUAUUUUAUUUA